UACUACAGUUAGUACUGCAGAGUAUACUUGUACACAUUGAAGGUUUACAGCAGCAUAGUAACCAAUCAACACAGAGCAGUUACAGGAAGUGAAGUGCAGCUACUGUUCAACUGUCUCAGUCCUCUCAAGAUGUCCUCAGAUAUUUAUGCCAAACCAGAUUUCUCAAAGAAGGUGAGAUACAACAGAAAGGUGCAGGAGGACAACGUAGAGUGGGAAGAAAGAACGGUGGCUAUCUACGAGAGUACAGACGAUAUCAGAGAUGAUCACACUGAUCUUCAGUCACACGACGGAGGACCGCACACUGAGAAUCAUCCUCCAGCCGUCCAAAGCAGGCCUUUCAGAGCUGCUGCAUUUUGUCUUGGAGUGCUGUGCUUUCUGACCAUAACUGGAAUCAUCCUCCUAUACAUACGUUUCACUUUGGAAAAAGACCAGCUGCAGACCAGAUACGACAAACUGAACAAGAACUACAGCGAGCUGCAGGGACAACUUUUAGCAGUCAACAUCAGUCAGUUACAGAGCAGUUACGAGACACUGAGGAAAAAUCACAGCCAGUUACAGGAUGAAGUAAAGCAGCUCAAGGACAAACUUGAUGCAGUCAACAUCAGUCAGUUACAGAGCAGUUACGAGACACUGAGGAAAAAUCACAGCCAGUUACAGGAUGAAGUAAAGCAGCUGAAUGACAAACUUGAUGUUGAGAAAAGUUUAAAAACUAAUAGUGAACACCAGCAUCACACCAGUUCACUUGAUAUAACUUGACUUUGCCAUUGAUUUUCAUUUUAAUUAUUUUAUCCUGUUGAACUGUUUUCUCUGUUUAUUUCUGUUAGAAAUGAGACAAAACCUGAGUGUAUUUAUAGAGUAAACAACAAGUGGCAGGCAAGAAAGAUAUUUAAGAAGAAAGUCAAACAACAAGUUUUAUCAAUUUAACAAUGAAUGACAUGAAAUCCAUCUUUUAACACUCAUUUGACAUGAAGAGAAGUGGUGUCCUGAAGGAUGGAAGAGAUUUGGAUGCAGCUGUUACUUUAAAUCCAAUGAGGAGAAAACUUGGUAUAACAGCAGAAGUGACUGUCAAAGGAAAGGAGCACAUCUGGUGAUCAUAAACAACGAAGAGGAACAGAAAUGUGUCACUGAGCUGAACAAGGAUGGAGACUCCUGGAUUGGUCUACAGGCCACAGAACGGACACAAACAGGAUGGAAAUGGAAAUGGGUGGACGACUCACCGCUGACACUAGAGUGAGACGCUUUUAAAGUUAAAGUUUCCAUCACAAUU